AGUAGGCCUACAGCAUGCAUGAAUACACCUGUGCAGGUGAGGUUGCAUUCCGCAAAACAGUGCACACUAUUGGUGCACACACCGCAACCGCAAAUCUGCCCAUAUGAUGCUCUUUGUCCCAGAAGCCCAUUGUAUACAGCGGAGGAAACCCUGUGGCGUUAUUAUGUGCCGUGAGCAGCCAUCUUGGAUAGACUGAUCAUACUUGAGCCAGGAUAACCUGCAUUCCUCAUCUAUACAGCUCAAGAACACAAAGCUCAAAAGACUUUCUGAGCCACAAUGACCACCGCACCGUACAACUACUCCUACAUUUUCAAGUACAUCAUUAUUGGGGACAUGGGGGUAGGGAAGUCAUGUUUGCUUCACCAGUUCACAGAAAAGAAAUUCAUGGCGGAUUGCCCUCAUACGAUUGGUGUGGAGUUUGGUACAAGGAUAAUUGAGGUAAGCGGCCAGAAGAUCAAGCUGCAGAUUUGGGACACGGCGGGACAAGAGCGUUUCAGGGCCGUCACCCGCUCCUACUACCGCGGUGCUGCAGGGGCGCUCAUGGUCUACGACAUCACCAGGAGAAGCACGUACAACCACCUCAGCAGCUGGCUGACUGACGCCAGAAACCUCACCAACCCGAAUACUGUGAUCAUUCUCAUCGGAAACAAAGCCGACUUAGAGGCCCAGAGGGACGUCACAUAUGAAGAAGCCAAACAGUUUGCUGAGGAGAAUGGUCUGUUGUUUCUGGAAGCCAGUGCAAAGACAGGUGAAAAUGUUGAGGACGCCUUCCUGGAAGCUGCUAAGAAGAUCUAUCAGAACAUCCAAGAUGGCAGCCUGGACCUGAACGCCGCUGAGUCGGGCGUCCAGCACAAGCCCUCGGCCCCUCAGGGCGGCCGGCUAACCAGCGAACCACAGCCCCAGAGGGAAGGCUGCGGAUGCUAAUGACCAAGCAAACCCCCUCUAUCAUCCCUUCCUCUGUCCUGCCCUCCCUCCUUUAAUCAUCUCCCCUCCAUCCAUUCCUCCACCUCUGCACCUCCAUCCACUCUCCUCCCUCACUGCACUAGGAGCUGCAUGAGAGCAGGGCUGCGGAGUGAAGAAAUAGGGCGGAUACCAAUUUGGGCUAGACUGAGGUGGGCUGUGUGGACUACAUCUCCCCUCUUCCUCUUCUCUGUCUGUCUGACUGACUCCUCCUCUAAACUCUGUCAGUGUGUUGUUGUCCCAUAACUCUUUUGCUCCCCUCUGCUCCUCUUGCACAUUCAGUCUAGUUCUCCCCGUCAUAGUAUCGUAGACGCCACCACACAUUACGCAGGUUACUGACACUUUAGAUAGAUGUAACGAUCAUACGAUAAUGAUACACAAGACUGUUUUUUAUGUUUGGGUUUUAUAGCUAUAUAUGACAUGUAAACGCUGCAUUAAGUUUCGUCCACAACUACCACCGAUCAGUUCAACAUGAAACUGAGCUAUAAUACCGAUCAUACGCUCAAACUCCUGACAUCUCUCCUGCAUGGUUUACCAAUCCAGCAUUUUAUCGAGACAUGCGGGUGUGAUAUCUCACGUUAAUCUGUGUGGGAUUAGACCGUGAAGGCAACAAAGCAGUGUAUCGUGCAGCCACACA